AAGAAGGAAAGAGGCCAACUUCCGGUAUGGUGCGUUGAACGGGGACCACAGGACAUAACUGCCAGGAAAAUGCGGUAGGCUGUUGUCAUAACUGAAAGAGAAAUUAAAACACAACACGUUUCAGUGCUAUCCUUAUGACUUCUAGAUAAAUGUGGCAUAUGGUUAUAUGGCGUAAGGGCUUUGUGACGGAAGCAAUCGGGUUAGCUAAUCAGUCAUCGAUCGAUCGGUAUUAGGGAGCACUGCGCGCCGUUGAACAUGGGGACGAGAUCGAGCCGUUUACACGAGGAGGCUGCUUCGACACCUUUCGAUAAAGAUGGCAUCAAGAGAGAGUCCUGUCGACGAAUCCGAAGCACCAGGCCCACUAGCCUCAUGGUGGAGUUCUCCGGGAGUUUCGACCAUGACUCAGAGACGAACCGCAGCCGGUCGGAAGAGGGCAGCGACUCGGAUACCGGGCAGCAGGCGAGCAGCGACGGCAGCCCCGCCGACAGCCACAUGUCCCCUUCGCUGAGCAGCCAGGCCUCGCCGACGGACGAGAACGGGGCCGAGGACAAACGCGAGGAGGAUGGCAGUCCGGGAGGCCCUGUGAGCGGGGAGGAAAUAGGCCGUGCACCGCAGCGCACUUUCUCGGAGCGGUUGCCCGGUGGUCGCCAUUCUUCCGCCGGCGGCGUCACAGCCAGGUCCGCACGAGUGAGAGGGACUCACGCCCGGCCAGUGUCUGAGGCGUGGAUUGGCCUCUACAGGGUCAACAACCGCCACGGUGCUAUUCGUUGCCCCUUCUGCACCAAGCCGUUCCCUGGAGGGCGAAUUGAGGACCAUCUUCUAAGUUGUCUGACUUCUCCACCUCUCCCUUAUAACACUGAUGUGCUAGCUAAGGACAGUGGAGAGUGUUCGAUUUGUCUCGAAGACCUGCUACAGGGGGAAACCAUCGCUCGACUGGCUUGCCUGUGUGUCUACCAUAAGAGCUGCAUUGACACAUGGAGCAAAGUGAAGCCGUGCUGCCCUGAGCAUCCUUUUGAUUGAUUCAUGUCUUCAUGUGCAGUGACACUUUGACUCAGGAGACAAUACCCCCUGGCAGGAGCUUAUAUUUUCUGAUGAGAGGAUUGAGAGAAAGACACAAAGGAACAAAAACAAAUAACAAGCAUCAACACUUGUGGUCAGCUUAACCAGGCUGGCCCCGAGUGAGCCUGGCUUUAACUAUCUGAUGUGACUCUUGAGAACUUGGCUUUUCUCUGCUCUACGGCACCUGCGCGAAUGGCGGGUUUGCUCUGCUUGCCUUUCCUCUCUUAACUCUUUACUUCAAAGCUCAGAGUGAAACUGAAUAGAACUUUGUAAAAGAAACAUGUAAAUGGAGAGAAGUUACACAAGGAUCAUCUCUCGGCGUGGACAUCUCGAUCUCCCAGAGGGAUGGUGUUCUUCUUACCAUGGAAACGUGGCGAUCUGUAAUUUAUGCCGGGCUUAGCAUUUGGCUUUGUGCAUUGGCUUGAAAUGAACUACUUGAUAUUGUGGAGUUUGUUGGGCAGAUCCCAGAUGAAAGCAAAUGAGUUGUACAUGCGUAAAUAUUGCACAGGAUUACAUAUGAGGCAUGAUGUUUUAUAUUUUUGGGGGAUAAUCUUUUACCCUUUUUGUAACUAUAGGAAGGCAGAGUGAAAUUUACAAUAGUUACCAUGAAUAGUUAUUUUAUCCAUCAUUGAGGCAAAACUCCCUCUCAUUACCACAUCAAGCUCUUUUAACUUGAUCUGAUUACUUUUACUCAGUUGAACUGUAUAUUGUUAACAGAUCAGAGCGACACUUCCACUAGUUAGCUUAAUGGAUGUUAUUGGUUGCAGUGAAGUGCUUGUGUUCAAGUGUACUCAAAUGCAGAAGAUUUUGACAGCGUGUGCUACUCUUGGAGGGAAGGUUUGUGAAAUUGCCUCUCUGCGUCUCAGACGUAGUAGCCUAGAGAAAUUCAGUCACUUUGCACUCUUUACACCAGGCCUCCUCUACUUGAAUGAGGCCAUCUGUGGUGCGGAGAUGUAUGUCAGGCACUGUAACGCCAUAUGGUGUAUGCUUUGCCUGAGGAUGGUGAUUGAGAACAGCUGAUGGGUAAAUAUGACAUUGUCAUCGACCCCCUUGAAGAACAAUGGAAUAAAUAAGAUGGAAAGGUAAUUGUUUUUUUUUUAGACAGGGUAAAGGUUAUGAGGUUUACGGGGUUUCCUGAUUGUGGGUGUUAUCAUGUUCAUUAUUCUAUCGUGUCUUGUAGAGGUUUGUUACUUUUUUGCCUUAGCUCGAGGAUUCUCAAAGAUUACUUCUACCUUUUUGAGAGUAUUGCAGUGCGUUUCCUUUACAGGACAGUCUGACGGUUCCAACUGAAAACAUGAGAAAUGCCAAGCGUGUCUGUGCGAGUCAAAGGCAAAAGUCAUUUUUACAGUUACAUUUAUGUUUUGUGUCGGUGUAGUGCAUUGUGGAGUGGAGGGGAGGUAUUGUCAGAGUAUUUUGACAAUCUUUUAAGCUCUCUAAGUUAGCUUUUGCCCUUUAACUUAUGUGGUGCCAUACCUCAAUAUCCAUAUUUACUAUACUAACCUGGGGCUUACCUAACUCCAAAGGAGGUGUUUGUUUUUGUUCUUGAAAUAUUAUUACAGUAUAAAUACCAUAGCAAGUUCUGUAAUUAUUCAGUGCUAAGGGUCUCUACCCGCUUGAUCCUGUGUUUUGACAGUUGUCGGUCAAAUAUGAAUGAGUUGGGAAUGUUUUUUUAGGUCAAUAUGAUUUGCAUUCACAUCCCCAAACACAGACAAUCUGCCUUCAUUCUGCUAAAGAACAAUUGAGUAUUUAUUUAUUAAAGUGUAAAUAUGUAUCGCAUUUCAAAAUGGCUUUGUCUUUCGUUUGUCCAUGAUGCUGUUUCUAUGCCUAAAUCUUUUGUAUGUCUGAAAAAAUUGUUUUUAUAUGUAUUUUUUACAAUAAAUAUGCUUAAGUGUGA